CGGCAGGACAGACAUUCCUCAGCCCUCGUUCCCUGUGUGUGUGUAGUGGUGUCACUCACUGCUCCCAGGGCGUCGCACUAUGAGACACACACAGAGAGUGACCCACACGCCACACAGCCCAUAGUAUGAUAUAACCGGGCAGGGGUGGGGGAGAAGACCUGGAGACUGGAGCCCCCAUGGACUAACGCCGGCCACAGUCACCAGCCUUCCUUAUCCGACACCAGUGGGCUCAGGACAUUUCCCCCUGAGGCUGGAGUAACGAAGGGCCCGAGCCAACACGUACAUUAGAGGUAUCGGAGGUGGCCCAGGAGGAGCGAUGGCAAGUAACAGGACAGUCAUCCAGCAGCUCUUUCACGCCCCCGUAUGUGCGGACUGGAACUCGUACAUGGAGCGGGGACCGUACCACCUGGCCUGUAUCGUUCUCUUGCUGGCCCACAUGGGUGGCAGUGGUGUCAAGGGCUGUAUCUACAUCUUCGCGCUGAUGGCCCUCUCCUUCCUGUGUAUGACCCUGUGGGGCUGGCUGUUUGCCUGUGGCGUGGACAUAGUCACCUGGAACAUGCUGCUGCUGGCGGUCUGCCUGGCACAGGUCACACACCUGCUCUGCCGACUGCGCAGGGAAUCUUACGGCGAGGACUACGACCUUCUGUAUCGCACCGUCUACCGACCUCUACAGGUUCCGUUACAUGUCUUCAAGGAGAUUGCUCACUGCAGCGGGAUGGAGGUCCAGGCUCUGACCGCCGACCAGAACUACGCACUGGAGGGGAAGACCCCCAUAGACCGCCUGUCUCUGCUCAUCUCUGGGAGGGUGAUUGUGAGUCUGGACGGCCAGUUCCUGCAUUACAUUUUUCCCUAUCAGUUCCUGGACUCUCCGGAGUGGGAAUCUCUGCGGCCCUCAGAAGAAGGAACUUUCCAGGUCACACUGACAGCGGAGACGGACAGCACCUACAUCAGCUGGCCCCGGAAGAAGCUCUACCUCCUCCUGGCACGGGAGAAGUACAUCUCCCGCCUCUUCUCAGCGCUUCUCGGCUACGACAUCUGCCAGAAGCUCUACGCCCUCAACGACAAGCUCUUUGCCAAGUUCGGCCUCCGCUUCGACAUCCGUCUCCCCAGCCUCUACCACGUGCUGGGCCCGUCCUCAGAGUCCGCAGGGCACCUCAUAGGACCAGUCGCUGAGCCCCUGGCCUCACUCCUUCCACUGGAUCCUCCACCCCUGCAGAAGGCAGCUCCGACCCUCCCUCACCAGUCCUUUGCUAACAGAGGCUCUCGCCCCGAGAGUGGCAAUCUGGCCUCCACCGUUCUUCAGAAGGGUCACCCGCGGCUCCUGUCAUACGGGCGAGCUCCUCUGGCCCCAACUCAAACUCCAGAACUUUAAGGAACAAUGCCACCCCUCUGCUCCGAGCACCACCCCACUAGGUGUGAAUCCACUCACACGGGCACAAUGGCCGGCGUGACACGGCCUUGGGAGAGAUGGACGAUGCGUGAGCUCAGUCGCUGCUGGCUCCGCCCCAUGCGCCGGCACUGCCAGCAGUGGGAUCCCACCGCCCUAUGCUCUGCACCCUCAGGAUGUCUACUCUUUAGAGAAACAUUUUGUGGUAUAGUUGGCGGUGCCAGCCUAGGGUCACAUAUUGUCACCUCCGCACAUCUUCCUAAUACUAAACAUUUGUCACAACAUCCCAUCGCUACGAGGGUCUCUGCGUCACCGCGGGACGCACCGGGCAGCGAGUUCAUGUAUAGUGUUUUGUUCUCUGUUCACCAUUAAUACAAGAAACCUCUUUGGAUAAGGAAAAUAAAGGCGUGUGAUUCCAUUUA